ACUGCAUCUCCAUUGUCCAUAUCAACCCAUCAUCUUUCUGUUCAACACAAGACAUUGAUGAAAGAAUCUAAACUGCUGAAGCUGAACAAACACAGACAGUUUGCUCAAUCAGCUGCUUCACCGUGCCAUUUUUAAGGCACGCAACGCUCAUGAGUCACAACUCUCACUCUUCACUUUAUCUCUCCUCUUCAUUUCUAAUCUGCCUCUAAACAAUUCCCAAAAAUGCCGAUCGCCUCCAUUUCCAUUCUCCGCCACAGAACGACGCCGUCUCUUCCCCUCUGCGUUAGCUCUCUCCGCCGCAUCUCCACCUUGCGCCACCUCUCCAUCACCUCUUCCCGAAACCAGAACCCUAACGUCUCUCGCAAAACUCAACAACCACCGCCACCACCACCAAACAAGAACCUCCUCAAAGCGCGUGACACACUCAAACACUUCUCUUCUCUCUCUCCAGUCCUCAACUUCGAGGACAAGCCUCUCUCUCACAACCAGGCCAUCGGCUUAGUCGCCUCUUCACAGGCCAAUUUCAUGCGCGUAAUCGUCCAAUCACUCCCUACUGAACUUUCUGCAACAGACGAAUUGAAUUCUAGCUUCGGCAAGGGUUUCGGAGAAACACAGAGAGUUGGAGUGGAAUUGUUGUGCGUAGUGAGGGCGCUGUUGAAGAAGAUAAAGAGGAGAGUUAUGGUUGGGGAUAAAGUGCUGGUUGGGUCAAUUGAUUGGGUGGACCGGAGAGGAAUGAUUGAGAAUGUCUUCAAGAGGAAGACGGAGAUUUUGGAUCCUCCGGUGGCGAAUGUGGAUCAUUUGCUGGUAAUGUUCUCUAUGGAUCAGCCGAAGUUGGAGCCAUUCUCACUGACAAGGUUUUUGGUGGAGGCUGAAUCCACAGGGAUUCCGCUCAUGCUUGCGUUAAAUAAGUCAGAACUCGUCGAAGAAGAGACACUGGUUUCAUGGAGAUCUAGGCUGCAUAGAUGGGGCUAUGAACCAAUUGUCUGCAGCGUUGAAUCUAAACUUGGACUUGAUACUCUACAAUUCAAUCUGAGAGAACAGACCUCUGUAAUCGUGGGUCCAAGUGGUGUUGGAAAGUCCAGUCUGAUCAAUGCUUUGAGAGGCAAUCAACAUGUCCUUGGUGUUGCAGGAGGGGACAAUUGGUCUGAUUCUAUUCUAGGCAGCAAGUGGUUUGAAGAUCAGCGAGUCGGGGAAGUGUCAACAAGAAGUGGCCGAGGAAAACACACUACUCGCCAUGUUUCUUUGCUUCCAUUAACUGGAGGAGGAUAUCUUGCUGAUACUCCUGGGUUCAACCAGCCUAGUUUGACGAAAGUAACAAAGCAGUCUCUUGCACAACACUUCCCAGAGAUCCGGAAAAUGCUCAAUGCUAGUGAACCUGCGAAAUGCACAUUCAAUGAUUGCUUGCAUCUUGGUGAACGCGGCUGCCUUGUCAAAGGGGACUGGGAAAGAUAUCCAUACUAUCUCCAAUUGCUUGAUGAGAUCAAAAUCAGAGAGGAGUUUCAACUAAGGACCGUUGGAACCAAAAGAGAGGGUGAUGUAAGGUACAAGGUGGGUGGAAUGGGUGUCAAGCAAGCAGAACCGCGGCUGGAGCCCAAGAAGCAUAGGAGACAAUCUCGUAAGAGGAUUAACCAGUCACUACUAGAUGAGCUGGAUGAACUUGAUGAUGACGACAACUUAUCAGAUGAUGAGAAUCCCAUUUUAAGGGCAAUGAGGCAUGAAAACCAGUAGGAAGCAUGCUGACUUGAAUCUCACAUUGUAUAUAAAUUCCUUGACCCACUUUUUGUUGCCAGUACAUAUUACAGCACUAGAUGAACAAGGAUUUCGUAGGUUUACCCCGACAGAAGCUCUCAAAAUACCUGUAUGAUGUAAGAUAGCAGUGAAUUGAAAGGUUUCAUGCAGGAAAUUAAUGAUUCUGUUCGUGUGAAUUGUGUUGCAGACGCUGUGGAACGAUUAGGACGUUUUGAUGUGUACACAUUACCACGCAGGUACCAGUUCCAGAUGCUUAACGUAAUUAGCGCUGGUUAUUUCAAAGUUCUGUAAUGCAAUUGAGAUUUCACUCGGUCACUCUUUCCAUACCCUCAGUUGUCUUCCAGUUCUGAAGAAAGUUGGAGGUGGUGUAAUAUCGUUCAGGACAUUCUCCCUGGGACUUCUCACAUGAAGUUCCAAGAUAUUGCAAUGGGCUCAUGCACAGUGGGGUAGAUGUGUCGUGUUGUAGUGCCAGUGGUGAAGUGCCAAAUAUAAGUUGUGAAGUGUCAAAAAUGUUCAAUUUAUAUCCGACUUAUUUACAAUAAUAGUGUAUAAAAA